AUGAACAAGAAUGCAGCCGACUUCUCCAAGUACAUGGGCGGUUCCAAGGGUGGUUCCCAGACUGGCAACUAUCAGCAGUACAUGAACAAGUAUGCGGCCGACUAUUCCAAGUACAUGGGUGGUUCUCAGGGUGGUAGCCAGGCUGGCAGCUACCAGAAAUACAUGGACAAGUAUGCGGCUGACUACCAGAAGUACAUGGGCGGGUCCCAGGGUGGUUCCCAGUCUGGCGACUUCCAGAAGUACGUGCAGUUGAAUGCUGAUGUUGAGCACAAGUCGGACAAGACGGACACGUCGGAGAAGUCUGACAAAGGUUCCCAGCCAGGCAACUAUCAGCAGUACAUGAACAAGUAUGCGGCCGACUAUUCCAAGUACAUGGGUGGUUCUCAGGGUGGUAGCCAGGCUGGCAGCUACCAGAAGAUGGACAAGUAUGCGGGCCGACUAUUCCAAGCUGGCAGCUACCAGAAGUACAUGGACAAGUAUGCGGCUGACUACCAGAAGUACAUGGGCGGGUCCCAGGGUGGUUCCCAGUCUGGCGACUACCAGAAGUACGUGCAGUUGAAUGCUGAUGUUGAGCACAAGUCGGACAAGACGGACACGUCGGAGAAGUCUGACAAAGGUUCCCAGCCUGGCAACUAUCAGCAGUACAUGAACAAAUAUGCGGCCGACUAUUCCAAGUACAUGGGUGGUUCUCAGGGUGGUAGCCAGGCUGGCAGUUUCCAGAAAUACAUGGACAAGUAUGCGGCUGACUACCAGAAGUACAUGGGCGGGUCCCAGGGUGGUUCCCAGUCUGGCGACUUCCAGAAGUACGUGCAGUUGAAUGCUGAUGCUGAGCACAAGUCGGACAAGACGGACACGUCGGAGAAGUCUGACAAAGGUUCCCAGCCAGGCAACUAUCAGCAGUACAUGAACAAGUAUGCGGCCGACUAUUCCAAGUACAUGGGUGGUUCUCAGGGUGGUAGCCAGGCUGGCAGCUACCAGAAAUACAUGGACAAGUAUGCGGCUGACUACCAGAAGUACAUGGGCGGGUCCCAGGGUGGUUCCCAGUCUGGCGACUACCAGAAGUACGUGCAGUUGAAUGUUGAUGUUGAGCACAAGUCGGACAAGACGGACACGUCGGAGAAGUCUGACAAAGGUUCCCAGCCUGGCAACUAUCAGCAGUACAUGAACAAGUAUGCGGCCGACUAUUCCAAGUACAUGGGUGGUUCUCAGGGUGGUAGCCAGGCUGGCAGCUACCAGAAGUACAUGGACAAGUAUGCGGCUGACUACCAGAAGUACAUGGGCGGGUCCCAGGGUGGUUCCCAGUCUGGCGACUACCAGAAGUACGUGCAGUUGAAUGCUGAUGUUGAGCACAAGUCGGACAAGACGGACACGUCGGAGAAGUCUGACAAAGGUUCCCAGCCUGGCAACUAUCAGCAGUACAUGAACAAGUAUGCGGCCGACUAUUCCAAGUACAUGGGUGGUUCCCAGGGUAGUAGUCAGGCUGGCAGCUACCAGAAGUACAUGGACAAGUAUGCGGCUGACUACCAGAAGUACAUGGGCGGGUCCCAGGGUGGUUCCCAGUCUGGCGACUACCAGAAGUACGUGCAGUUGAAUGCUGAUGUUGAGCACAAGUCGGACAAGACGGACACGUCGGAGAAGUCUGACAAAGGUUCCCAGCCAGGCAACUAUCAGCAGUAUAUGAACAAGUAUGCGGCCGACUAUUCCAAGUACAUGGGUGGUUCCCAGGAUGGUAGCCAGGCUGGCAGCUACCAGAAGUACAUGGACAAGUAUGCGGCUGACUACCAGAAGUACAUGGGCGGGUCCCAGGGUGGUUCCCAGUCUGGCGACUACCAGAAGUACGUGCAGUUGAAUGCAGCGGCUGCAGCCAAUGGAUCCAGCACUUCCGCCAAGGCUGACAUGGUGCAACUGCCGGACAGCCCGAGGAAAGAAGCUCUGCGGAAGGAGCUGCAGAUGGAGCGCCAGCGCCUGCAGCGGGAGCUCCAGAGAGAGCAGGAGAAGCGGCAGAAGGAAAAGGAGGCCUUGAAGGAGGAGCUGGCGCGAGAGGCCAAGGAGGCAGCAGAGGCGGAGGCGUCCAAGGCGAAGGCGGAGGCGUCGAAGGCAGAGUCCGAGGGCAAAUCCGAGCCCAAGGUGCUGUCGGCGCUGGAGUCCAGCGGAGCGCAGCAUGCGCCGCUCUGCCUGGUCUUCGCGGCCCUGGGGACCGUCGGGGCGGUGAUGCUCUUUCUGCACAGGAGCCGACAGCUCGCAGUGCCCAAGGAGGAUCUGGGCCCGGACUACAUGCUCCAUGUGGAGGCCCCGCUGUCGGUGGUGUGA